AGAAAAUGCUGAAAAAUUUACUACCCUUGCUCUUAGCAAUAAGCGUUGUUGCUUUACCAGACAACGAUAACUUUGUUCUUUAUGCAGACGAUAUUGGGGGAUACCCUGUAGUCUCUAGCGAUGGAUAUCUGUUCCUCAUCGCGUCAAACAUCACCAAAAUCAACCUUGAAACUAAAGCCUCUGUUAAAGAAAUAGAAAUUUAUUCUGAGAGUUCAAACACUCAGAAAAUAACUCAUUUUCGAAGAGGUGUACUCAGUAAUGAUGAAUCUUUGCUUUUAUUAUACUCUACAUCUUUAGCUGGACCUCAUUGAGCAGAAAUCCUAGUGAUAACAACGACUGAUAUGGUGAUGAAGCAAGAUAACUGAUUCAAGGUUGACACUGAUAAUGUCUUUGGGCCAACUAUUAAUGAUAUCAAACCCUUGUCUUCCUCCGCUGCAAAUGGCAGUAACAUAUUUUAUGCAGUUGGGAAUCACCUAGACUUCAUCAUCAGUGAACAUACAUCGUUUCUUCUCCAGUUUGAAGUCCUUGAUACGUACAUUACAAACAUUCUCAAGUAUAAGAUACUGAGCUCCAAUUUCCAAACAUCUGGGCUAUCUCCAGGGAUCAGAAGUUUUGAUUUUAAUAAAGACUUCACCAACAUGUUGGUGUCGGGAAUCAUUAAGGAUUCGACUACUGAGUAUAUUACGGUGUUUUCGAUAACCAGAGAUCUCAAUACAGUGAACUGGAUGAAGUACAUCAGCAAAAAGACAUCAUCUGUACUGAACGUCACCUCUCUAGAAAACUUAAGUAGAUACGACUCUGGCAACGACCAGGUCGUGAUCUGUUCAAGGUUGAGGCAUUAUAAUGCAACAGAUUAUACAGACAAAGAUUACGUGUACAUGUAUGCUCUCAAAGCCUCUGAUGGGUCUCUCAAUUGGGAAGUUCAAUUUGAAGAUUAUGCAUCAAAUAGAGUGAGAGGUUUGGACUUUGCUAUUCACUCUGGGUUCAACCAACUUAUCUUGAUGAAUACAAACUCUAAGUACUCCUAUUACCAUUCUCAAGCAAUCAGCCUCGCAGAUGGAAGCUUUGUUAGCAAUGUUCAGUUUGAUAUCCUUUUUCAUUACCAAACAGCGGGGAUAGCAAAGAUUCCUGAUGGAAAUGGCACUUUUGAAAGUAAUGAUUAUGUUUUGACAACAGAAGGAGGGUACAUUUUUAAAAUUAAUUCAAGGAAAGCUAAUCUAGCAUCUGCAACUGAUUCUUCGCUCUUUUACCCUCUUAAUGGCAUUUAUUAUGACAAUUAUUCUUUCCCGAAAACUUCACCUGCAGAUUUUGAAUUGUUGAGUUAUUCUCCUUCAUCAGAUUUCUUUCAGGAUAAAACUGAGCAUGAAGUGAAAGAGGCAUCAUAUACUUAUAAGCAAGUUGAGGUAUCUACUUUAAAGCUAGUUUCAGAGGUAUCCAUUGGGUUCAAUACCACUGAGGGUUGCUCUUCUAGUACACCUGCAGGAUUAUGCCAAGAAGAAGACACAAAAAUUAUUCCAAACACAGGAAGCUUCAACCUGAACAAACCUUACACCAAAGAUGGUUUGAAAGACUCGGUCAUGGAGGUGACGUUUCAGCUAUUUGAGUUUUCAGACCUUGUAAAUCCAAUUUCAAGCUCAUUGUACUCCUUCACCAAGCAAGAUGGAAACUACACAGUCAAGUUAGCAGGUCUUCCGGAUGGGUCCUACCUGGCUCGGGCAGUUGCAAAGGCAGACCCCCACCACACCUACUACGAGUUCACGCUCAUUGUGAAGUGAAUAUCCAACUGCAAAACCUGUUCCGAGAACGAUGUUUGAGAUGUCUGCGACAAUGGGUAUGUUCUCGAUUAUGCAAGGCAGUGAGUCAGUGGAGGAAACGAGAUCAUUGACGGGAACAUAAUCCAAGGAUUAGGAGCAGCAAUGGUUGGAGGCAUGCUUAUCACAGGAGCCAUGCAGGGAACUAUCAGCCCCAACGUUUGGGUAAUGAUAAAUACUCUCCAAAUUUUACGUACUAUUCUGCUCUUAAAAGUCAAUAUUCCUUUGGCAGUAAGACAGACCAUUGAAUCUAGCUCGGUCUUGGCUGCCUUAGACAUUGGUUUAUAUAACUUACUCUUCCCUGAACCUGAUGAAGAUGCAAGCAUCAUGAAAAUUAUGGAUGGAGAUGAACUUCUCGGUCAGUAUUUUGAAGACUAUGGAAUUGAGACGUACCGAUUCAUCGAUUACACUUUUGCUACUCUGGUUGAUGUCAUAUUUAUUUUCAUAACUACAACUCUUCUAAUGGCAGGACUGUCAUAUCUCUAUCUAAAAUUAAAGAAAAAGGACACAUCAGUCGUAAUUAAGAAGCUAAAAUUUAUUUUCUUUGCAAAUGGAUUUGUGAGAAUUUAUCUAGAGAUCAUGCUAGAUGGCAUCAUAUACUCCUUAGUGAAUCUCAGGAGUGUUCAAUUCAAUGGGGUUUUUGAUGCAUUUUCAUAUAUCACUUUAUUUGUGUUUGUCUUGCUCGUAAUAGGGUUUAAUAGCUUCAUUGUUUUCUAUGCAACUUGAACAGAGAUGUCCAAGUGGAGUCACAAAUUUGAAGAAAUUUUAACUGAAACUCCAAUGACCAAAGGAGGUGUAGUUGCGUAUCACAUGACCUUUACCUUACGUCGUGUGGCAUUGAGUAUUAACAUCAUAAUGUUGGGAGUUCUUGACCCCAACAUCCACAUCACAUUCCAUGUUCUCGUUCAGGCGAUCACAAUCCAGGUGAUGCUGUUUUAUCCAAUGUUUGAAAACAGGUUUCAGAAAGUGAGCAAUUUAAUUAUGGAAGUCAGCAUUCUUUACAUUUUCGCUUCUGUGUACAUUUUUCAGAACAGUAAAGGACUUGAGGAUGAAGCUAAAGUUUUAGCUCUGUUCAUACUAUUCAGUUCUCAAUUCCUUUUGAUGCUAAUGACUAUCUCUAAGAGUAUCAGAGAGAUGCUGAUAGAAUGGAAGGAAAGAAAAGCAAGAAGGCGAAAUAAUCUUCCCACGAGUUCUGUAAUUGUUGACCAAAUGCUCAAAGACGACUCUUCCUUAAAGUUCAGCCUUAGAGAGGAAACAAAAAUGCAAUUAUCCAAAAGCGAGUACGGAAAGAUAUCGCCAAUGAAAUAAACUUUCAGAUUUUGAUGAAAUUGCGAGUGAUAAAGACAUAAACUCAAGAAUAUCUGCUGCUUUUAAAAAGUCUAUGCAAUCAGAGAGUGACCAUUCAGAGGUGAAGAAGAGUAGACUCUCUAAGCUACUACACAAAAUAAGGAUGAAGAAGGAGGCCUCAGCAAAGAAGGCUGAAAAAUCUAAAAAGAAGAAGACAAGAAGUACUCAGAAGCAUGAAGAAGAUAAGAAAUAUGAAUCUUCAUCAGAUUAUUCCAAGUUUGAAAUGGAGAAAUUCAAGACCAAAAGCCUCGGAAAACCUGUGACAUCAGACGAUAAAGAAAAAAGUGGGUCUCUCACAGAAGACAUUCAAGAGUUAGCUCCUCCUAAAAGGGAUGAACCUGAGAAGAUUCCAGGUAUAGGGACCAUUAAGAGUGCAUCUCCCAGGUCAGAAUCUCCAAAAGAGGAGUAAUCCAGGGAUCAGCCA